AUGUCUGUGGCCAAAAGAAAAAAUCUUGGAAAGGAUGCCACCGAAUCAAGAAGCAAUGAUACCGAACUUGCUAGUUGUAAUUUAAUUUCGAGCGACCCAAAAUCUGAUCUGAAAUUUCCUCAACCUCAGCAGACAAACGCAUAUGCUCACGCAUACGAAGCUGUUCAAUUAGACCGGUAG